UACCCGCGGCCAAUAGGCGAGAGACUUGUUGUUUCCUGGCAGAGCGGGGUCCCGGCACCGCGGCGUUCGGCGCUCGGGUUUUGUUUGGGUCCUGGGUGGAGGGCCGGGUGCCGGGGCCCGAGGUGGCGCCUCGCUAGCGGGAGAGGGAGCGGGAUCACCGGCCCGGAGAGAGCUCUCAGGGCCAGAGUGGGGCAGGAGGAUGCUUUCCCAGCCCCACCAUGGAGCUGCGCUGUGGGGGAUUGCUGUUCAGUUCUCGCUUUGAUUCAGGGAACCUAGCCCACGUGGAGAAGGUGGAAUCUGUGUCUAAUGAUGGGGAAGGAGUGGCAGGUGGGGCAUCAGCCCCGACCAGCAGCAUUGCCUCUUCCCCUGACUACGAGUUCAACGUGUGGACCCGACCAGACUGUGCUGAAACGGAAUUUGAGAAUGGGAACAGGUCAUGGUUCUACUUCAGUGUCCGGGGAGGAACUCCAGGGAAACUCAUCAAGAUCAACAUUAUGAACAUGAACAAGCAAAGCAAGCUGUAUUCCCAGGGCAUGGCCCCCUUUGUGCGCACACUGCCCACCCGGCCACGCUGGGAACGCAUUCGAGACCGGCCCACCUUUGAGAUGACAGAGACGCAGUUUGUGUUGUCGUUUGUUCACCGUUUCGUGGAGGGCCGUGGGGCCACCACCUUCUUCGCCUUCUGCUACCCCUUCUCCUACCAUGACUGCCAGGAUUUGCUAAACCAGCUAGACCAACGCUUUCUGGAGAACCACCCUACCCAUAGCAGCCCCCGGGAUACCAUCUAUUACCACCGGGAGAUCCUUUGCUAUUCUCUGGAUGGACUUCGUGUGGAUCUGCUAACAAUCAGUUCCUGCCAUGGGCUUCGAGAAGAUCGAGAGCCCCGUCUCGAGCAGCUGUUUCCUGAUACCGGCACCCCCCGACCAUUCUGUUUCACAGGCAAGAGGAUAUUCUUUCUAAGCAGUAGGGUUCACCCUGGGGAGACACCAUCUAGCUUUGUCUUCAAUGGCUUUCUGGACUUCAUCCUUCGACCUGAUGACCCCCGGGCCCAAACCCUACGUCGUCUCUUUGUCUUUAAGCUGAUUCCUAUGUUGAACCCUGAUGGUGUGGUCCGGGGCCACUACCGCACAGACUCUCGUGGAGUGAACCUGAACCGGCAGUACCUGAAGCCUGAUGCGGUUCUGCACCCGGCCAUCUACGGGGCUAAAGCUGUGCUUCUUUACCACCACGUGCACUCCCGGCUGAACUUCCAGAGUCCCUCUGAGCACCAGCACAGUCCUCAUCUCCCUCCUGAUGCUCCCCUCUCUGAUCUUGAGAAAGCUAACAAUCUCCAAAAUGAAGGUCACCUUGGGCAUGCAUCUGACAGGGAUAACCCUAAGGUGUGGACACAGACUGAGCCAGCAGAACAGAAGCCCAACAGGGUGUGGAUUAUGCCACAACAGUCCCCUGAGGUUGAGCAGCCAGCCCCUGACACCAUCCCACCCAGAGAGAGUGGUGUUGCCUACUAUGUGGAUCUGCAUGGACAUGCUUCCAAAAGGGGCUGCUUCAUGUAUGGAAACAGCUUUAGUGAUGAGAGCACCCAGGUGGAAAAUAUGCUGUAUCCAAAGCUCAUCUCCUUGAACUCAGCCCACUUUGACUUCCAGGGCUGCAAUUUCUCAGAGAAGAACAUGUAUGCCCGAGACCGCAGAGAUGGCCAGUCUAAGGAGGGAAGCGGCCGGGUUGCAAUCUACAAAGCCUCAGGGAUAAUCCACAGCUACACACUUGAAUGCAACUACAACACUGGACGCUCGGUAAACAGCAUCCCUGCCGCCUGCCAUGACAACGGGCGUGCCAGCCCCCCUCCCCCGCCGGCUUUCCCCUCCAGAUACACUGUGGAACUGUUUGAGCAGGUGGGACGCGCUAUGGCCAUUGCAGCUCUGGACAUGGCAGAAUGCAAUCCAUGGCCCCGAAUUGUGCUGUCAGAGCACAGCAGCCUCACGAACCUCCGGGCCUGGAUGCUAAAACAUGUGCGCAGCAGCCGAGGCCUGAGCAGCACUGCGAAUGUGGGUGUCAACAAGAAGAGAGGCUCUCAAACUCCACCCAAAAGUAACAAUGGAUUGCCUGUCUCCUGCUCUGAAAAUACCUUGAGCCGCGCCCGAAGUUUUAGCACUGGCACAAGUGCUGGUGGUAGCAGCAGCAGCCAACAAAAUUCUCCACAGAUGAAGAACUCCCCCAGCUUUCCUUUUCAUGGCAGUCGGCCUGCAGGGCUGCCAGGCCUGGGCUCUAGCACCCAAAAGGUCAGCCACCGGGUGCUGGGCCCUGUCAGAGAGCCCCGAAGCCAGGACAGGAGACGGCGGCAACAGCCACUGACCCAUCGCCCUACUUCAAGCAGCCUGGCCCCAUCCCCAACUCCUGCUAGUUCUAGCCCAGCCUCCUCACGCAACAUGGGCUCCUGCCUACUGCCCAACUCACUCAGCAUAUCAGGGAGCAGUUGCUCACUCUUAUCCUCAGGGGACAAGCCUGAGGCUGUCAUGGUGAUUGGGAAAGGUCUGCUAGGGACUGGACCUCGCAGUCCCUGUUUCAGGACCCGACUGCAGACCUGCCUGAGGAGAGUUCCUGCCAGGAGGGGUCCCGGAUUCCCCAGGCUAGGCCCAGGUUGGGCCAGGGCUCACCGCCGACUUGCAGAGGGAUGAGAGGCUCUUCAGGCCCCACAUCCCCUAUCCCCUGGACCAGGGAGAGCAGUAAGCUGGAGCCGGGACCCUGCUCUGCACCAGGGCUGCCUCAGGCUGGGCCCCCACGGCCCCGCUCUGCCCCUGCCUUUUUUCCUAUUUCCUGUAGUCUCUCUAACUCCCAGUCCUGGAUUUGUUACAGCGGGGGGCCCCUGGGCCAUCCUGAGGUUUGUUUUGUCCCUAAAUCUCCCCCCUCACUGUUUCUCCCCGGGUCUGAUGCCUUGACCUUCAUGCCCAGGAUAUAACCCCAAGAUGGGGAACACAGUGAGAAAUGUGCUAGUCCCCUCCUUCAGCUGCUGAUUCCAUGUGACAACCAUAACUCCUUGGAAUGCCAACCACACUGUUCUGAGGCAUCGCAGAGCAUCACCUUGAGAAAGGACAAAGCAGGGACCUGCCACCCCUUCCCUCCCUCCACAGCACAAGAUUUUGGGACCACAAAAAGAAAAAUCUAUAUUUUUAUACUGGGGGGAGGGAGUAGAAAAGAAAGCAGCCCCUGUGCUGGGCCCUACUCAGUGGCAGCUUCUUGUUCCAUAGGGUUAAGGAAGACUUUGAGGAAAUAAAAGUUGUUUGGAAAAAUCCA